AUGGCGUCCCAAGUAAGAUUUGUAGAUAAGCUUAACGAGGAGUACGACAUAGACAGGGCGUCGAAACUGUUGGGCUUAGGUCUGGAAUCGAGGCUCGAAGACCUGAAGUGCGAGAUAAUCCAGAGGAUCGACAAGGAGUUGCUCGACUCGCAGAACGCGAGGGAUUUCGUCUCGCAGAAGUACGACGAGCUCUGCAACAAGAUCCAGUACUUGGCCGAACUGGACGCCACCGUGACCAGCUUCAGGAGUGACGUGAAGACCAUAGAGAAUCAGCUCAACGAGCUAACAAGCAGGAUGGACCGUAUCGAGAAGAAAGUUAUUUCGAGGGAUUGCUCGGCGAAUGCCUCUUCUAUGUUU